AUGGCGAGCAGCAUCGUGACUGCCGCUGGCAAAUCGCUAGGCAGCCGACACAACUCGCACUCCAACCUCGUGCGCGACGACAGUGUCAACGAAUGGCUCGCAGGGUCGCACGACAACACGCCCAAAGGUCACCAGCCCGCCAACACCGCCCACAGCGCCAUCCCACGCGACAGCAGCUUCGCAAGCCUCACCGAUGGCUUCGACAUCGUCUCGCCCUCGUCUCUAUCGUGGGCGCAUCCCCCAGAGACCAAGCUGCCCACACUCAACCAUGCAGACGACUACCUCUCGCAUCUCGCCGAACACUCGAUUGGUAAGUACAAUUUCUCUCUGGCUCCAGCAAAGACGAAGCGAGAUAUUGACCAAAGGCGAUGUGUGGCUAUCAUGAUGGAAUCGACAGAUCUCAAAUCGACGUUUACCGAGACACUGCACGUGGACGACUUCUUCAACGACGCUGCUUCGGCGUCAAGUAGCCCGUACAUGGCAACGACCAUCAACCUGCCCGGCUGGAAUCACGGGCCAGAAGUGAUGGGUGGGCUGAUCGACUCGGACGUCGACUCGCCCGAGGGCAUCUGGUACGGUCAAACGCAGGCGGUUACCGCCAAGACCGCACGCAGAGGCGUCAACGUACCCAGCUUCGCCAUCAGCAUCGACCAGGCCGACGACGAAGUCGACUCGCCCGGCGGCCUUGGCGCGGGCUUCGACCAGCUUGGCUCGGAUCUCAGCCCUGCAGGCAGUGAGGGCCCGGGCUUCCUCAACGCUCCUUCCCGGGCACUUCGCUCCUGCAUCAGUGCACCGCUUCUUCAGCGCGACGACCCCGUGCUCGCAGCUGCAGGGUCACAGACGCUCAUCAACGAUUACCUCAUCGACGUUGGCUUCCCGCAGGAGCGCAUCCCGGGCGACAAUGCGCUGGGUCUCGAACUUGGUCCACGAGCUAGCACCGCCAGCAGCCCGGCGAACGACGUGCCCGACCACGCCCAUACCAUCUUGGCAGGAGAAGAGAGCAAGGACGGUCUGCCCACCCUCACGGAACUUUCGGGCAAUGCCAGUGUAGCACAGUCAUCAGCCUUGUUCCAGCGCCGUGCGGUGCAGCGCGACCUCUCUGCCCCCUCGCCCGUCGCGGUGCCACAGGGCGGCGAAGGCGACCAGACCAUCGAGGUGGCUCCCGGCCGCACCGUCACGGUGGGCAAUCCCGCCGAGUCGACGAUCGACCCGGAGAAGAUGACGGAUGAGCAGCGCAAGAGGCUCGCGCAGCUGCACCAGAUCCACGUUGCGCAGCAGGCGGCACGGCUCGGCGUGUAUCAGGACUUUGUCACGCCGAGCCAGCAGUUUGCCGGCCAGGAAGCGAGCGAACGCGCAGCGAAGGCGGUACAGGCCGCACUCAUGUAUGGCAUGGAAGGCAACUCGCCGCGCAAGCUCAGCCUGGGCUCGACGGGCCUGCUCACGCCAGUGACGCCGCAGCAUCCUCUUCAACCAGGGCCGAGCGGCAUGCCCGCGUACCAGCACGGCGUGCAGGGCUACGUGCCAAUGCCGAUGCAGGGCUAUGCUGGCUUUGACCCGAGGGUGCCCGGCAUGCCGCUGUCGGCGGACUCGGCGAGCUUUGCGCCGUCGAUCCAGAACCAGUUCUCCAACCUUCACCUCGCGCAGCAGCAGGGCCAGCCGACGCAGCAGGGUGUAUUCACGCCUCAGUUCGUGCACCAGCACGACGCGACGCUGUUUGCAGGCAGUGUCGCCACGGGCUCGCAGGAUCUGGCGGGGUACACAUCGGUGUACCCGCCGCCACGACACAACAGCAUCAGCGGAUCGUCGGUGGGCGACCGCGGUCUUCAUGCGCUCACGCUCAAUGCAAGCGGAAUGGUGAGCGCCACGGGCCACUUUGGUAGCAGUGGCGAGCAGAUGCUUCUUCCACCAAGACGGGCUAGCCAUGCGGUGCUGCGUACCACAGAGUCGUCACCCUCGCUUGCGAGCCAGAUCGCAGCGAACCCGAUGCAGCUGCAGAAUCCGUUCGUGCAGCAGCAGGGUGCGGCUACGCUCGAGCCGGCCAAGCUCAUGGCAGGUUCGGGCUCGGGGUUGGUGCCGCCUACAGCGGCGACGCCACGCUCUGCACCGGCUGAUGCAUCGCGCGAGCAUCUGGCGCUCCAGCAGACACGCAUGCGCCAGCUGCAGCAACAGCAGCUCCAGCUGCUCCAAAUGCAGAACCAGGCACGAUCCGCCAACCCUGCCCCCAAGGCCGGCCCGUCGACGGGGCUGACGACGAGGAAGGUGCCAGGCACGCUCACGGGCCCGUUGAGUCCUCCGCGUUCGCCGGCCAAGAUGAAGUCGACGCCGCACCUUCGGAGUCCCAUGGUGGGGACGAGCGCAUUGCCGCCUUCGCCUGGUAAACCGCUUGCGCCAGGGCUGCGAAAGAUCGCCUCGAACCGACGCAUCACCACAACAACGACGGGUAGCGGUGGGUCCAGCUCGUCGUCCAGCUCGUCAGUCUCUGCCAGUGGCGGAGUUCUCCGUAGCAAGGGUAGCAUCCUUGGAACCUCUGGAUUUACGCUUGAACUCACCACCUCGGCAUCGCCCACCCGCGCGCGCACCAUCUCGCACCAGAGCGCCAGCUCAUCGCGCUCGCACUCGAGUCCCGGCAAAUCCAAGUCGCCCACACCAACCGCCUCGGGGGGUGCAGGAUUCUCGCAGCUUGCCUUUGUCAACUAUGGCAUGAACGAUGCCGACGAGAUCUGCUCGGCCGUUGCACCCAGUGGCAGCUACAAGGUGCCUCUGCGCGGCUUUGGCGCAUCGUCGGGUGAAGAGGAUGAUUUCGACGACGAGACGAGCUCGGUACGCACGCGCACCAUGAGCAACGUCACCGGCACCACCGCCAUGGCCGGCUCCGACGACGACGACUUCGAUAUGACCAGCCCUGCCUCUGCCUCGGGUGCGGUGCCGGGUAGUCCGACGAAGCGACUGAGGAAGAACUCCAGCCGUCCAAUGCUAGCCGCCCCCGGGGGAAGCCCGCUCAAGUCCAAACGCAGCAUGGCCAACAUCGGAACGUCCAGAACGUGGGAUCUGAACAGGUCGCCACGCAAGGCUAAGAGCGGUGUCCUCAGCCCCGUAUCGAGUGCAGGCAGCGGCGAGUAG